UAGCAUCCUUGGUUACUGUUGCUAGGGCAGUGGGUCUCAGCAGGUGUGAGUAGGAAGUUUUGGGGAGGCUUUAGUCGAAAAGGUCAAGGGGUGAGUGUGGAGUCUCCGCUGGUGAUGGUGAAGCAGACGAUCCAGAUUUUCGCUAGGGUGAAGCCCUCGAUGCGGAAGCAGCAGCAAGGGAUUUAUUCUAUAGAUGAAGAUGAAAAAUUAACACAUAGCUUGGAAAUUCUCUUACCCCGAGAUCUGGCAGAUGGAUUUGUGAACAAUAAGAGAGAAAGCUACAAGUUUAAAUUUCAAAGGAUAUUUGACCAAGAUGCAAAGCAAGAGAUCAUUUUCGAAAUCAUUGCCAAGCCAGUCGCUGAGAGUGUCUUGGCAGGUUACAAUGGUACCAUCUUCGCAUAUGGGCAGACAGGCAGUGGCAAGACAUUCACCAUCACAGGUGGGGCUGAACGCUACAGCGACAGAGGCAUCAUCCCCAGGACUCUGUCAUACAUUUUUGAGCAGUUGCAUAAGGAUAGCAGCAAGAUCUACACAACACACAUUUCUUACUUGGAAAUCUACAAUGAAUGUGGCUAUGACCUGUUGGAUCCAAGACAUGAAGCCUCCAAACUGGAAGAUCUGCCGAAGGUGACGAUAUUGGAGGACCCUGAGCAGAACAUUCACCUGAAAAACCUGUCUCUUCAUCAGGCAACAACUGAGGAGGAAGCUUUGAACUUGCUCUUCUUGGGGGACACCAACAGGAUGAUUGCAGAGACUCCUAUGAACCAAGCUUCAACCCGCUCACACUGUAUUUUCACUGUUCACUUGACCAACAAGGAGCCGGGAUCUGCCACCGUCCGGCAUGCUAAGCUCCACUUGGUUGAUCUGGCAGGGUCGGAGCGUGUUGCGAAGACUGGCGUCGGGGGCCUGCUUCUGACAGAGGCCAAGUAUAUCAACUUGUCACUACACUACCUGGAGCAGGUCAUCAUUGCGCUUUCGGAAAAGCACCGCACACACAUCCCUUACAGGAACUCCAUGAUGACCAGCGUGCUCAGAGACAGUCUGGGAGGAAACUGCAUGACCACUAUGAUCGCCACCCUCUCUUUAGAGAAGAGGAACAUUGAUGAGUCCAUUUCUACCUGCAGAUUUGCUCAGCGAGUGGCCCUCAUCAAAAACGAAGCUGUCCUCAAUGAAGAAAUUGACCCCAGACUGAUGAUUAUCCGCUUGCAAAAGGAGAUUACAGACCUGAAGACGGAGCUGGCCAUGGCCACCGGGGAGUGGAGGACAGAGGAGCUCACGGAAGCAGAGCUCUACCAGCUGGAAAAACUAAUAGCAUCCUUCUUGGAAGACCAAGAUCCAGAGAGUAGACUGGAAGUUGGCGCCGAUAUGCGUAAAAUCCAUCACUGUUUCCAUCAUUUUAAGAAGCUGUUGAGUGACAAGAACACCAUGAAGGGUGGCGUCUCCUCUGAAACCACACACCAAGAGUACCACGACCCCUUGGAAGAUGAAGGACACGCAAAGCUCCGAGACCUCCUCAGGCAGAGGGAUAAUGAAAUUAGUAUCCUUUCUGCAGGGGUGGGGAAUGUGGGAGGCUCUCACCGGCCUGGCCUGGAAGGGGGUGGCAUGUACAUUUCCCAGUCCUGGCCCCAUGGCAAUCCCACAAUUCCUCAGUGUCCCUGCGGGCCCCAGCCUCCUUCACACUGA